AUGUCCACCACCACCACCACCACAACUACAACAACACGAGAUCAACCAUUCACUUUGACAUUGAGUAAGAGUCAUUUCCCACCUUUCGCACUCACACAUUCACCUACCAAGCCUUGCCCUUCACCCUUAUCCCGUUGGGCAACUACACCCACCUGUCCUACAUCGACACCUUCCCGACAUAUCAACCAGAAAGACAUCUCAAAAUCACAAUCCUCAGGUACGAUUGACAGAGAGCAGACGAUGUCAAUGGACAGAGAUAGAUUAUCGAUCGAUACUUUCACUUCUGUUAUAGAGAGGGAUACGGUAUAUUCCAGAGCUAGUAACGUUGCGUCUAUUCUUCGAUCACUUGGACCAUCGACAUCGGACCGAGAACAGGGUAUAAAUGCUCUGUGUAAUUAUAUAGAAGGGAAGAAGGGGAAGGGAAAGAAUGAAGAGGAAAUUAGAAAGAAGUUAGGCGUACUGGAAAGUAUGGUAUCUGCGGAUUUUGGAGAAAUAUUUGUGAAAGCCUCCCUUCGAUCGGGUCUCGCACGUAAGACCACCCAUCCCCCACUUUCCCCCAUGCCUGUACGACCGGUACAUCGUUCUCGUCUAUCUUUAGCUUCCCUAUCAAGCAUCAGAUCCUCCUCUCAAUCUCCUCCACCAUCUGUAACCCCCAUCAAGCCCGCGGAGGAAAAUCCCAGACCGGAUAAUUCGCCGAUAACUUAUACUUCACCUUCUUUCACCUUCUCCUUCUCGCCCGUCUCGUCUUCUUCAGCCUUUGCCACAAACCCAGGAUCGAACUCGUAUUCCAAUUUCGAAUAUCAUUCCUCGACCUCUUCUUCUACGCCUUCAUCAUUCUCUUCCCCGCCACCUCUGACAUCUUCUUCUCCUUCAUAUACAUCUUCCUCUUCUCCAUACACAUCUAUACCAUUCACCCCUUAUUCGCCCUUCGCCCGUGCGGAUACUCUGACCAGCUCGAGUACAUCUAGUGCAUCUUCGCUGGGUAGAGCACCUACUUUACUUAGUCCUCUGGCUAUCGGAGGAUGGGGUAGAUCAUGGGAAAGACCAUUACUGAGAAGCAACGACAAUGAUGGUAGACCUUCAAGAUCGAGGUUGGUGCUUGAUGGAAUAUCAUUGGAGAAUUUUCCCAAUCCACCGGAUCAUAUACCUUCACCAUCCGGUGCUUCCGACGAUAACGAUGAGGUCAGUCUUACUCGGGAUCAGAAACAUAUAUUUACUAAGGGAAUUUUCGAGUCGAAUAACCUAUCUAGAUCAUUCCAAAUACAGGUUGAUGAUCCUGUUCAAGAUUUGUCACCUACGAAAUCCACUUCACAUACGUUAGAUCAAUCAUGGUUAUCGCUCAGUAUAUCUGAUGUUGAUGAUAACUCUUCAGCGGGAUUACCGAGUGGUGGAUUACCUAGCUCCACGCAAACUUCCACUGGAAGUGGUAGUGGAAGUGAGGCAUUUGAAUGGGAUAGGAUUAUACAGAAUCAACUGACGAUGAACAUGGGAAUGGACGAUGAGAGGACUGUAACGGGUAUUGAAUCUAGUAGAUGGUCGGCGGUGAUUUCCAAUGUUGAUGAGAUCACAUCACCUAAUGAUCGUGCCGAACUUGACAAAGGUCCCACAGAAGCCUCGUUACUUCGAGAUGCAUACCUUAGCAUGAUACAUACCCCACCAUCAAUGAUCAACAUACCAGGUCCGGAACAAGGCGAUUCACAUACUAUCUUGAUGGCUUAUGCUCAACCUACGACGGCGUAA